CCCACUUGGAGACCGGUUCUUGCCUUACCUCUUUAACUCAGUCGCGUUAUGGUCAGCUGACAGCACAGAAUGUUCGGCGGACGCCUUCUGAAACGCGGAUGCCACGACUGCUCCCCGACGAUUAAUUUUUUCUUAUUCCUUGCAGGUUUGUUACCUAUUGUGUUGGGUGAUGAAGACUACGUUGGCCUUCCUCUAGGAAAGCUGAACACCUAUGCGAACCAAGUUACUGGGCAAGUUUAUGCUGUAGAUGAAUAUACACUUCUCAUCAGGAAUUUUUUCUAUGAUGGCUUGGGACAAGACACCUUCUUCUGGGCCGGGGCCACCGUUCGACCAAGCAACAUCGGGUUUAUUGUUCCCGAUGAAGAAGGAAGAACGAAUCGACUUCAAAGAUAUGUGAAUGCUGAUGUGACUUUACGACUGCCUGAUAAUCGAAAGCUUUCAUCUAUCAAAUGGCUCGCCGUGUGGGAUCUCAGGGAAUAUAAAAACCUCGCCGACGUGUACAUUCCCGAAGGCCUGGAGCCCCCUUCCCCUCAGGCCAUCUCGGAGAUGAGUCGGAACUCUCACGGGGUGAAAUCGGAUGGCGUCAUGGUUAUGGAUUCGAAGACCAUCAAAAUACUCAACCUCUUCUACGACGGCAACGACACAGAUGUUUUCUUCAGUGUUGGGCUUGGCCCUCAACCGACACCACAUGGAACCAAAAUACCGGAUGAAAGAGGAUACCUUAAUUCAUUGUACCCAUAUUCCGGCAAAGAUGUGACCUUGAUUUUACCCGGAAAGAUGACUGUGGACGACAUUGAUUGGUUGAGUAUCUACAAUUUCCGAACUGAAGAAAAUUACGGAUCUACUGUGAUUCCAGACAGACUCAACAUUCCGCCUUCCCUCAUACACAUUAUUGAAAAAGAAUCGCCUUUACCUAAUUGCGAGCAGUUGCAUCGAGAUUUGAGAUUGAGUUGGGAAAUUUUUGGACCUGCCAUCACCUUCGAACUCUCAGGGCAAAUAGAUGAGGACGAAUACAUGGCUCUCGGAAUCAGCGGUUCCGAGACCAGUUCUCAGAUGGAAGGUGCGGAUGUUGUCGUUGCCUACAUGGACGGGCUGCUGGGAGUCACGGCAGACUACAACAUAUCGGGGAAAUUUCCAUGCACCAAUGUCUUGGGUAGAUACAGAGGAGUUUGCCCCGACGAGAAGGUUGGAGGUGUGCCCAACGGGUACCAGAUCCACACAUUUGUUCGAAACGACGGCAUAACGAGCAUCACCUUCAGGAGGAAUUUGCUCAAUACUGAGGACAGCGGUGAUAAGGUAUUCAAGCAGGAAGGAUUCACAUACUUCAUUUGGGCCAUUGGAAAAUACAACGAUUUCAAAGAACCGACAUAUCACAGAUUGGUGCUCCGAGGUGAUCUGAAACUAGAGUUAGGAAGGAAGCCUGGGGUUAAAAACUGCGAACCUUUCAUUCGACCCAAAAGGAACGCCUCCGAGAGAUCUUGGGGUCCACUGAGAAUUCGGGACCCCCAGGUCACGACCUUCACCGUUAGGGUUGGAGUUCCUGGAGGAUCGAAAGGCUAUUCCGGAUUCACGGGAAAUCCAUCUCCGGGAGUUGUUUGGUACGUGAACGGACUCAUGAGUCCCGAGCUCUAUUUGAAGCGAAAUCGAAGGUACACUUUCGUGGUGGAAGGUGGCAACGAUCCCAACAAUGCUCGCUUUUACCACCCCUUUUAUAUAACAGACGAUGCACAUGGAGGAUACGGUAGAUACUCCGAAGAAGAAAGAAAGUCUAUAAGAGUCUACGCUGGCGUGGAAUUCGACCGUCGUGGUCGACCUCAUCCAUCGGCGGCUGGCCGCCUCUGCUCAUGGGUUCACAAUACCUCUCAUCGUUAUUCUGUAGAUGACUAUCCAUCUUAUCCUAAAUUUCGAAAAUCACUAAGACUGCACUGCUCUGACGGAGAUCCGUCAGUCCUCUAUUGGACGCCCAACGCAACCGUCCCGGAUCUUCUCUAUUACCAAAGUUAUUCAAUGAGAGACAUGGGCUGGAAAAUACAUAUUGUGGAUGAAAUUAUCAACGCAGCGCCCUCUAGUGCACCACUGAGUUCGCUGAUGAGUGUAAUGUGUGUUUUUAUCGUGCUUUUUUAUACAGAAAAUAAGCGGACUAUUUCUUGAUAUGCAAUUGUACAUAGUUUUAUAUAAAAAUUUUAAAUUUUAUUUAUUUGAA